AUGAAUGACGUGGCCAUCGUGAAGGAGGGCUGGUUGCACAAACGAGGCCAGGCAUCCGAGACCCUGAGGAAAGAGGUCCGUGUGUCUCGGAGCCUUGGUCCUGGCCCCUCUAGGUGCCCCCCGGCCUUCCUGCUUCUCCUGGAGGGGCCUGUGCUGGGCGAAAGGGAGGAGUGGACGACUGCCAUCCAGACCGUGGCCGACGGGCUCAAGAGGCAGGAGGAGGAGAUGAUGGACUUCCGCUCAGGCUCACCCAGCGACAACUCAGGAGCCGAAGAGAUGGAGGUGGCUCUGGCCAAGCCCAAGCACCGUGUGACCAUGAACGAGUUUGAGUACCUCAAGCUGCUGGGCAAGGGCACCUUCGGGAAGGUGAUCCUCGUGAAGGAGAAGGCCACCGGCCGCUACUACGCCAUGAAGAUCCUCAAGAAGGAAGUCAUCGUGGCCAAGGACGAAGUGGCCCACACGCUCACGGAGAACCGUGUCCUGCAGAACUCCCGGCACCCCUUCCUCACGGCCCUGAAGUACUCCUUCCAGACCCACGACCGCCUCUGCUUUGUCAUGGAGUACGCCAAUGGCGGAGAGCUCUUCUUCCACCUGUCCCGGGAGCGGGUGUUCCCCGAGGACCGCGCCCGCUUCUAUGGUGCGGAGAUCGUGUCGGCCCUGGACUACCUGCACUCGGAAAAGAACGUCGUCUACCGUGACCUCAAGUUGGAGAACCUGAUGCUGGACAAAGACGGGCACAUCAAGAUCACCGACUUCGGGCUGUGCAAGGAGGGAAUCAAGGACGGGGCCACCAUGAAGACCUUCUGCGGGACCCCCGAGUACCUGGCCCCAGAGGUGCUGGAGGACAAUGACUACGGCCGCGCCGUGGACUGGUGGGGGCUGGGCGUGGUCAUGUACGAGAUGAUGUGCGGCCGGCUGCCCUUCUACAACCAGGACCACGAGAAGCUCUUCGAGCUGAUCCUCAUGGAGGAGAUCCGCUUCCCCCGCACGCUCAGCCCCGAGGCCAAGGCCCUGCUGUCCGGGCUGCUCAAGAAGGACCCCAAGCAGAGGCUUGGAGGGGGCUCGGAGGACGCCAAGGAGAUCAUGCAGCACGGCUUCUUUGCCAGCAUCGUGUGGCAGGACGUAUACGAGAAGAAGCUCAUCCCGCCCUUCAAGCCCCAGGUCACAUCGGAGACCGACACCAGGUAUUUUGACGAGGAGUUCACAGCCCAGAUGAUCACCAUAACGCCGCCGGACCAAGACGACAACAUGGAUUGUGUGGACAGCGAGCGGAGGCCCCACUUCCCACAGUUCUCCUACUCGGCCAGCGGCACGGCCUGAGCAGGGCCAGCCCAGUGGGCUGGUGGACACCGAGUGGUGGCUACACCGCCGGAUGCCAGCUCCGUGGAUUGGGGGAAGCCUGUGCGGACGACCUGUACCUGAAUGUUUUUCUUUCUGGAUGCGUUUGGAGGAACCACACUGCUCCGAGCAUGUGUGGGAAGAUUCGUGCUGUGGGCAGGGCUCGCCAGCCACUCGGAAGGUUGUCCUGCGGUUUUUCUUAAUUUAUUUCAUCCAAUUUUCCAGACGUGGUCUCGCCUUCAGACGAGAGUCACGUAGGAAAUGCUGAGGACUUCUGCAGCCACGUGCAAUCAGGGGUCCGGGUGGGCCCUGCCCGCGGCCCCUCAGUCCCUCUCGCCAGCUGUCCCUGGCUGUCACCUGUCCCCACCCAGCCCGGAGGCACCAGAAGCAACCCAGUUGGGGUGAGCUUGCCUGGCUUCCUCUCCCUCAGGUGGGGCAAACGGCAGCCCCAGUGCAAAGGCGAGGACAGUGGCCCUCAAGAUGGGCCUGGGGCUGGGCUGAGGUUCGCCCCUGAGACAGCAGCAGGUUGGAACCUGCUGCUGUUACGCUGUUCAUGUGCAUUUGGGGGUCUAAUCUUAGAGGAGAGCCCCUCCCCACCCCUUCUUGUCCCUCGGGCGUCCCACCCUGAUGGCUUCCCCUGGUAGCAUCUGUCCUCUAGAAGCUUCACCCUCCGCUGCCCGGCCUGACGCCCUGGAGGGGCCGUCACUGCGUCGUCCGCGCCUUGCGCUGCACCAUGGCGUUUUUUUACAUUCAACUUUAGUAUUUUUACUAUUAUGAGACUUUCCCUCCAGAUGCCUCAAUAAAAACGGCUUUUCAACUUUG